AUGGAGAAGAUGGGCUUUAAGGAUGAAGCGGACAGAGCCGGGGCAAGGGACGGCACAGAUGGCCAGACCACAGAGAAGGAUCUGGCUGGCACAGCGAAGGAGGCAGCCUUUGUAACGGGCAGUGAGAGUGCUCCACCGUGCAAGACUCCGCUCAUCUGCUACGCAGACGGCCUUGAUCAGGACACCUUUAAAAUUUGCAAGGAACUUUUGAGACCCUUUAAGAAGUCACUUAGGAAACUGCAUUUGCCUCAGCACCUCCCCACAGAGAAAAAACUGAAGUACACGAAGGAAAGCUUGACCGUCAUCGGGGACCGCAUCGAUCUGUUUCUCCAGCGGUACUGCAGAGCCUCAGAAGUCAAGCACUGGCAGAAGAUGUUCUGGCAGUUCGUCUCCCUCUUCUCAGAGAUGGAUGCAAAGCAGCUGCAGAAGCUGUAUAAGUACAUCAAGACCAAUCAAAUGGAUAAGUUUCUGCAAUUAUGCUGUCCUUCAGAAAAGCCAGAUUCAGUUCCAGGACUCGAAGACAAGAAACUGAAGCAGCUCUACAUCAGUUGGGGUCUCUGCAGAGGUACCAAGAGACCUGGAGGAACACCCAGGCAAAUAAUGGCCAUGAGCCCAUACACACAUCAGUGUUCUCGACAGAUGCAGCAGCUGCCGUCCAUCGAUCCAGACCGAGACGGCUGCAGCCCUGUUCGACUGCUGCUGCAGAAGAGGCUCAUCUGA